AGUCCGCUGCAGUCCGUGCACGUUAUAAUUAUUAUAAUAUUUUACCUCUUUUUCGCGGGACGCGAGCUCGCACCAAAGUCCGACACUACCCACCCCUCUUCGUCAUCACACGUCUCCGUCGGGGUAGCCCUUUAAAACGACUGCACCUGUAAACCUACCGCGUUACUUCCGAUAUUAUCAUAACACACGGGUACAUAAUAUUAUUUAUACACACACCGCCGUAGACCCGUACUCAGAUAUAUAUACCUACUUACGCGUUAGACCGCACGUUGGUCUACUUUAUAAUAUAUUAUUAUUAUAUGCUCCCGUGGUGAAAACUUACAUUCGCCGCCACUGCUGCCGCCGUCACCUGACCGUAUAACUGCAGUUACGUGUCUUAUCGUCAUACCUCGUGAAUUCCGACCCGUGCUUCGAGUCAAAUUUCAAAACUUUUCAUCGGCAUGACGUCGAUGGGAACGCACAACAACGGCACUUUUUAGUCAGUKRCAACCUUCUACAUACUAUACACCUACCGCAGACAUCGUUUUCUUUUACAUAUAUAAAUAUAAAAUAUAUGUCAGAGAUCGCCAGUUGUGCUACAAAGAAUAUAAUAAUGGCCAGCACGUCCAGCCCGAUAUCGGACUUUUUCCGCGGUCGUCACGUACUCAUCACCGGUGGCACAGGGUUCAUGGGCAAGGUGUUAGUGGAGAAAUUGCUCCACUCRUGUCCAAACAUUGGAUUAAUAUAUUUACUAAUCAGGCCCAAACAAGGCAACGACGUCAAGUCCAGGCUAGAUCAACUUCUCAAUGCUGCGAUAUUUGAUUGGGUGAGGAAAAAUCAACCAGAGUCUUUAAAAAAGUUAGUGCCCAUUAAUGGCGAUGUCACUAAAUGCGAUCUUGGCAUCAGCACACUGGAUCAAAAAACGUUAAUAGAUAACGUAUCUAUUGUGUUCCACUCGGCAGCCACCGUUAAGUUUGAUGAAGCGCUUAAACUUUCGGUUGCGAUGAAUUUGUUAGGUACUAAACGAUUGGUUCAUCUGAGCAACAGCAUGACAAAGUUAGAGGCCUUUGUACACGUUUCCACUGCGUAUUGUAAUUGCAAUCGACAAGAUGUCGAAGAACAUUUAUAUCCCAUUCCUGCAGACCCAGAAAAAAUUAUUCAAUGUGUUGAUUGUCUUGAUGAAAAUCUUCUGGAAUCUAUAACACCAAAGAUUAUCAAUGGAUGGCCAAACACCUACACGUUCACGAAAGCAUUAGCAGAAAAAAUGCUGUUACUACAAGGUGAUAAAUUACCCAUAGUUAUCGUCAGACCUUCAAUUGUUACGGCAUCGUGGAGAGAACCGAUAUUAGGAUGGGURGACAAUUUAAAUGGGCCGACUGGUCUACUGGCUGGAGCCGGCAAAGGGGUUCUGAGGACACUGCUGUGUCACAAGGACUUGAUUGCUGACCUGGUCCCAGUAGAUAUAUGUAUCAACUUAUUAAUAUCAGCUGCCUGGUACACGGCCACCAAUAGGCCAAAGGGCAUAGAAAUCUAUCAUUGUACGUCAGGCACAACGAAUCCGAUCUACUGGAAGGACAUCGAACGGUUGGGCCAUGAAUUCAUAUUGGAGAACCCAUUUAGUGACAUUUUGUGGUACCCUGGUGGCAGUUUCAAAAGCAACAGAGUCGUUAACUAUUUGUGUGUAGCAGCAUUUCAGAUGGCACCUGCCUACAUCAUUGACGCGCUCGCCAAAAUUACUGGUAGACAACCUAGGUUAGUUAGAAUUCACAAACGGCUACAGAAGGCUGUAUCAUGUCUAGAAUUCUUCACCACCCAUGAAUGGAACUUCAAGAACACAAAUGUGCAGAAGCUGUUUACCRAACUUGACCCUAAUGACCAAAAGACAUUUUACUUUGAUGUGUCGCAACUGGAGUGGCGGAGCUACAUUGAGUCGUACAUAUGGGGUACCAGGCAGUUUGUCCUUAAGGACCAUCCAAGCACCGUACCCAAUGCAAAAUUGAGAUUGAGACGAAUGUACUACCUGCACCGGACUAGCCAAAUUGUGUUUGUCGUGUUGGCAAUCAGAUACAUUUUACUAGGCAACAAGUCCAUCCGACGGUUUUGGUAUUCAGCUCUUUGUUUUCUAAUAAAAUGUAUCAGUAACACUAAUUCUUCUCUGCGUCUGGUCUAAGCCGAACACUCGCAGUCCCAAUAGAAUAAUAUUAUACAUUAACUUAUGUUAUAUACGCGUUGUGUCCGCUAUGACAGCGCAAUGAUCGUAAUUUUAAUAUAAUUUAACACGAAAUAUACAUUAAUUAUAUAUUAAAAUUAAAUUAUUUAGGUAUAUUUUUAGACGAUCGCAUAUUACUCGACGAACUUAAUUUAAUCAAUCAUAUAAGUUAUUGUUAUAAUAU